AUGUGUCGGGUCUCUCAGACAAGGCAGCGAGCAACAGAUAGUGUGGCCAUUUGCUCAGUGGGUGAGUACAUUUCUGGGCUUCUCUCUUUCAGCAAUGAGGCUGUGAGGAGCGACUUGAAGAAGCUGCCGGCCCUUCCCACCCAAGCCCUGAAGGAGCACCCUUCCCUGGCCUACUGUGAAGACAGAGUGAUUGAGCACUACAAGAAACUGAACGGCCAGACCAGAGGUCAAGCAAUUGUGAACUAUAUGAGCAUCGUGGAGUCUCUUCCAACCUACGGGGUUCACUAUUAUGCAGUAAAGGACAAGCAGGGCAUACCAUGGUGGCUGGGAUUAAGCUACAAAGGAAUCUUCCAGUAUGACUACCACGAUAAAGUGAAGCCCAGGAAGAUAUUUCAAUGGAGACAGUUGGAAAACCUGUAUUUCAGAGAAAAGAAGUUUUCCGUGGAAGUUCAUGACCCACGAAGGGCUUCGGUGACAAGAAGGACGUUUGGGCACAGUGGCAUUGCGGUGCACACGUGGUACGCGUGUCCAGCAUUGAUCAAGUCCAUCUGGGCUAUGGCCAUUAGCCAACACCAGUUCUAUCUGGACAGAAAGCAGAGUAAGUCUAAGAUCCAUGCGGCGCGCAGCCUGAGUGAGAUUGCCAUCGACCUGACCGAGACGGGGACGCUGAAGACCUCGAAGCUGGCCAACAUGGGCAGCAAAGGAAAGAUCAUCAGCGGCAGCAGUGGCAGCCUAUUGUCCUCAGGUUCUCAGGAAUCAGACAGCUCGCAGUCGGCCAAGAAGGACAUGCUGGCCGCCUUGAAAUCCAGGCAGGAAGCUCUGGAGGAAACACUUCGUCAGAGGCUGGAAGAACUGAAGAAACUGUGUCUCCGAGAAGCUGAGCUCACGGGCAAACUGCCGGUGGAAUACCCGCUGGAUCCCGGGGAGGAGCCGCCCAUUGUUCGGAGAAGAAUAGGAACAGCCUUCAAGCUGGAUGAACAGAAAAUCCUGCCCAAAGGAGAGGAAGCUGAGCUAGAACGCCUGGAACGGGAGUUCGCCAUCCAGUCCCAGAUCACGGAGGCUGCCCGCCGCCUGGCCAGCGACCCCAAUGUCAGCAAAAAGUUGAAGAAACAAAGAAAAACCUCGUAUCUGAACGCGCUGAAGAAGUUGCAGGAGAUCGAAAAUGCGAUCAAUGAGAACCGCAUCAAGUCUGGGAAGAAGCCCACCCAGAGGGCAUCGCUGAUCAUCGACGAUGGAAAUAUUGCCAGUGAAGACAGCUCCCUCUCAGAUGCCCUCGUCCUUGAGGAUGAAGACUCUCAGGUUACCAGCACAAUAUCCCCCCUACACUCGCCUCACAAGGGACUCCCCCCUCGGCCACCGUCGCACCACAGGCCCCCUCCUCCCCAGUCCCUGGAGGGACUCCGCCAGAUGCACUGUCACCGCAACGACUACGACAAGUCGCCCAUCAAGCCCAAAAUGUGGAGCGAGUCCUCUUUGGACGAGCCCUACGAGAAGGUCAAGAAACGCUCCUCCCACAGCCAUUCCAGCAGCCACAAGCGCUUCCCCAGCACAGGCAGCUGUGCCGAGGCCGGGGGAGGAAGCAACUCCCUGCAGAACAGCCCCAGCCGCGGCCUCCCUCCCUGGAACUCCCAGGCCAGCAUGCCGUCCACGCCAGACCUGCGGGUCCGGAGCCCCCACUACGUCCAUUCCACGAGGUGAGUCCGCAGGGGCCUUCCAGCC